UUAAACGACAGCACAAAUUUACAAAAUUUCUUGUUUAUUUUCUAACUUCAUAUGUUAUUGUAGUGUAGCUCUCUCUCUCUUUUGCUUCUCUAUAGGGGGAUUGAAGCGAUCUGGGGUGUGACUGCCAUUUAAAGGGAGAAAAAUGACAGAAGCAAAAGCAACUACACCCUUGAUGCCACCCUCAUCAACCAAGCUUCCAGAUUACAACAAAUCAGUCAAGUUGAAAUAUGUUAAGCUUGGUUACCAUUACCUCAUUACUCAUGGAAUGUACCUCUUAUUAACACCUCUAGUAGCUGGGAUUGCUGCUCACAUGUCAACACUUACUCCUCAAGAUCUUUCUGAAUUAUGGGACAAUCUUCAAUACAACCUCAUCUCAGUAAUUUCAUGUUCAACACUCAUAGUACUCGUAUUGACAAUCUACAUCGUAACCCGUCCUCGCCCUGUAUACCUCGUGGACUUUAGUUGUUACAAGCCUGGUGAAGCUCAUAAGUGCACAAUGCAGACUUUCAUGGAUCAGUCUAGGUUAGCUGGUGCGUUUUCCGAGGAGAAUCUUGAGUUCCAAAGGAGGAUCUUACAACGAUCAGGGCUCGGGAACAACACAUACUUCCCCGAGGCUUUGCUCAACAUACCUCCAAAUCCGUCGUUGAAACAAGCUAGGAAAGAAGCGGAGACAGUUAUGUUUGGCGCUAUUGAUGGCCUAUUGGCUAAAACGAACGUGAAAACGAAGGACAUUGGAAUCUUGAUUGUCAACUGCAGCCUGUUUAAUCCGACCCCGUCGUUGUCUGCAAUGAUCAUAAAUCAUUAUAAGCUUAGAGGGAACAUAACUAGCUAUAAUUUAGGUGGAAUGGGGUGCAGUGCUGGAGUAAUUGCGAUUGAUCUUGCUAAAAAAUUACUUCAAGUACAUCCAAGUUCAUAUGCUUUGGUUGUUAGUACAGAGAAUAUUACACUCAAUUGGUAUCUUGGAAAUGACAGAUCAAAGUUAGUGUCAAAUUGCUUGUUUAGAAUGGGAGGUGCAGCUAUACUUCUUUCAAAUAAAUGGACAGAGAGAAGAAGAUCAAAGUACCAACUUUUACAUGCUGUUCGUACGAAUAAAGGUGCAGACGAUAAGUGUUUUGCUUCUGUCACUCAAGAAGAGGAUGCUAAUGGAAUACAAGGAGUUUCUUUGUCAAAAGAGUUAAUGGCAGUGGCUGGAGAUGCCUUAAAAACCAAUAUUACUACCCUUGGACCCCUUGUGUUACCGAUAUCAGAACAAUUACUUUUCUUUGCUACGCUUGUUGGGAAGAAACUUUUUAAAAUGAAACUCAAGCCUUAUAUUCCUGAUUUCAAACUAGCGUUCGAGCAUUUCUGCAUUCAUGCUGGUGGAAGGGCUGUUUUAGAUGAAAUAGAGAAGAAUUUGCAUCUUACGGAGAGGCACCUCGAGCCAUCAAGAAUGACAUUGUAUCGUUUUGGAAACACUUCGAGCAGCUCUUUGUGGUACGAGUUGGCUUAUACGGAAGCUAAAGGAAGAGUGAAGAGAGGUGAUAGAGUGUGGCAAAUAGGAUUUGGUUCAGGAUUUAAGUGUAAUAGUGCUGUAUGGAAGGCUUUGAGGACUAUAAAGCCAGCAAAGGAAGUGAAUCCUUGGAUGGAUGAGAUAGAUAAGUUUCCGGUGGACGUUCCAAAGGUAGCAAACUUUUAAAUGUCAAUCAGCAACCAGAGAAGGAGAUGGAUCCAGGAUUUAAAGGUAGUUGGUACACACCUACAUAGACGUACAUCAUAAAAAAAUUCUCAAAAUUUUCUAUAUAUAUAUAUAUAGUCUAAGUUCGAAUCAGUGGAUGCACGUGCACACACAGCUUUUAUUGUUGAGUUAGCCUCUUUUGUUGUAAAUUUUCUUGUAUGUUAACUCCAAGGGUCUUCAUCAGUAAUGGUGAUUUUGCUUUUGUGAAGAAGCUACCUUUGAUAGUUUGAUAUGAGGUAUACUACGAGCAAGGACAAUUUGUUAGUUGUC